AAUUAAUUCGCGUGGAUAAUUACUCCCUCCCAAGAUUCACCUCCCAUCCCUUGUUAUCAUCUGCUCUCUUUGGAUUCCUUUGCUGAAUAGCCUGUAUUAACAAGUUCACAAAACCAAAUCAAAAUAUCGAAGUUCUUAACAUGACCGACGGCAGCUCAAAGGUGAGCAAAAAGCCUCGCUCCAACCGGACUGCGAUGAGCUGCGACCGCUGCAAGAGCAGGAAGACAAAGUGCAACAAGCCAACCGAUGGCCCUUGCGACUACUGCCGCAGAAUCGAUGAGCAGUGCUCGUUUGACAUAACCAAACGUCGCCAGAAGCCAUACUACUUCGUAUCGGAGGAGGAAUACCGUCUCCUAUACCAAAUCUGCAAGCAAUUUCUGCCCGGCCAAGACUUGUCAGUUCCCAGUCUGCGGCGGUUGGCCUCUCAAUCCGGUGAAGCAACUUCGCAAACCAUAACCCCUACGCCCGCAGCAGCUCCUGAUGCUGCGGCAGACGACUACUCUGAGGGUGUCCGGGAUUCCGGGAGCGUCUCAGCAGAACGAGAGGAUGUUCCACUGCCCGAGAUUGUCAAUCUCCAUCAAGACCUAGGCUGCUUGCUGCGUGAUGCACGUGGCGAACAUAGGUAUAUGGGGGCCGAGUCUGGAAUAACUUUCAACACUGCCGUGAGGUCUUGGCUUCUGAACUCGGCAUCACGCGCAAACAAAGACAUAAUACCGCCAAUGGUCAAGGUUGUCCACCCCGUGGCGAAAUUCCAGCCGAAACCUGGGACGCAGACUUGGGAGCCGUCUGAGCUACCAGAAAAGGACGUCGUCUUGGCCUGUUCAUCUCGCUUCUUCGAGGAAGUACAUUCUCUGUACUGGCUCUACUCUUUAGAGGAUUUUCACGCACGCCUGGAGGCCACUUACUCGGACGCCCAUACGCAGCAGACAAGCUCCUGGCUCUGCUCACUGCACAGCAUCGUCGCGCUUGGUGUGCUGUGUAUACCCUUGGUCGACGGCUCGCCCAACGAACAGUUAGCACACUGCUCAUUGGAGACAGCAAAGCUGCUUACUCUAAAAGCAAUAGAUGAGGCUGACCUUGACAGUGUGCGAGCUUUGAUCCUGCUGGCUCUAGCCCUCCAAGCAAAUGGGUAUACGAAUUCCGCGUAUCUGCACACCGGCAUUGCAAUCCGCAUUGCAUUUUCGCUCGGCCUGCAUCUAGACAAGUACCCGACCAAGCACGGCCUCGUAUCCAGGGAAAACGCACGUCGCCUCUGGUGGACGUUAUUCCUCUUCGAUCAAGACGUGUCUCUUCAAGUAGGCAAGCCUUGCAUGGCUGGGUUGUCAACCGUUUGCCAAUGGCAGCCAUCUCUCCCAUCAGAACAGGUCGUGAGCCCCGGCUCGUACACACCCCAAGCUUAUCUAGGACAAUGCGUCAGCCUAGCUCGACUUACGAAAGACAAUCGACACAAGCUCUACACCGGACCGAUCCAAGCCGGCCAGAGAUUAAGCCUAUCCGAUUUCGAAGACGCCAUGCAGUCGCUGCAGAAGUGGCUGGACAACGUCCCGCCCCAUCUCAGCACCACCGCGCCGGUGCCGCCUCUACACCGGAGACCAGUCGCCAUGCUCCACCUCCGAUACUGGAGCGCCGUGAUUCUCGUCACGCGGCCGUUCCUCCUGUGCAGUCUCCUGCGUGCAAAGGAGUUGGACGGCACCCCGAAGCAGCGGCACUUUGACAGAUUCGCCCGGAUCUGCGUCUCGGCGGCCGAGGCGUCGCUGGGCAUUUUCGAGGGCAUGGCUCACGGGGUGCUUUCCAGCUUGGUUCUGGUUGACUUCUUCUUUGCGCUGCAGGUCCUGCAGGUGCUCAUGGUGGCUUCUUCGUUGUCUUCGCCGUCGGUGAACUACCAGAACCUCGUCAGGAGGUGCGUCAACAGUUUGAAAACCAUUGGGGCGUUCGGGUAUCCGAAACACAUGCUGCCCGAGCCGCUGUUCCAAGCGCAGAAGUUUGCUCUGUUGGAUGGCGGUCGGGAAGGUGAUCUGCCUUCUUCUCCGGGGCCGUUUUGUAGCCCUGCUACGACUGCGGUUGAGGGCGGGAUGGAGACGGAUUCGACGAGGACGACUGAACUAUACGAUGAAUACGCAAAUCGGCACCCAUUCUUGAGUGACUUCUAUCUUUUCGAUGGAGGUGAUGAGUUUAUGGAGCAGCUCAUGGAUAUUUCUGUGACGUUCCCGACGGAGGCUUGACCGAUCACAUAUGCAUGUCCUGGAGUUGCAUUAGCCUGAUAGACCUGGGAUAAGAAAUCUCACAUCG